CCGCCGCGGGCGGCCCUCCUGCGACCCAGGAGCCCACAGGCCAGAGCGCUUUUUUUCCCCCUUUGCCGCCGCGCGCCGCCGCCUCUGGCCAUCGCAGCUGCUCACGAGGCUCCCGAGCGCCCCCGCCCCAACGAGCGCGAGGCGAGCCAGGGAAAGGAGCCUUCAAAAGCACCACCCCCGGCCAGCCGAGGAGAGCGCGCGGAGUCAGACAUGGCAUCAACUGUUACCUUCACCUCAGUUAGCACCCAGGCAGGGCUGAUCCAAAAGCCAAGGAACACCAGUGUCACUAGCUACUCUGGUUUAAAGGCAUCACCAUCAUCUGUUAGCUUUGGAUCGGAGUCGUCAUUCCUGGGCAGGAAUGCAUCCCUCCGGGCAUCUGUCGCUCCAAGGAUUGUGCCGAAAGCGGCAUCUGGAUCUCAGAUAUCUCCCCAGGCAUCUUACAAAGUGGCCGUACUUGGUGCUGCCGGUGGGAUUGGGCAACCCCUAGGCCUUUUGAUCAAGAUGUCUCCUCUCGUGUCAGAGCUGCAUCUGUAUGAUAUUGCAAAUGUUAAGGGUGUUGCUGCGGAUCUUAGCCAUUGCAACACACCUGCUCAGGUUCUGGACUUCACUGGCCCCUCGGAAUUGGCAAACUGCUUGAAAGGUGUGGAUGUUGUUGUCAUCCCUGCCGGAGUUCCAAGGAAGCCGGGCAUGACUCGUGAUGACCUCUUUAACAUCAAUGCAAGCAUAGUGAAGUCACUUGUUGAGGCUGUUGCAGACAAUUGCCCAGAUGCGUUCAUCCAUAUCAUCAGCAACCCGGUGAACUCCACAGUGCCAAUCGCUGCUGAGGUUCUGAAGCAGAAGGGUGUCUACAACCCCAAGAAGCUUUUUGGAGUUACCACCCUGGAUGUUGUCAGGGCCAACACAUUUGUGGCGCAGAAGAAGAAUCUCAAGCUCAUUGAUGUUGAUGUCCCAGUUGUCGGUGGCCAUGCUGGAAUCACAAUUCUUCCAUUAUUGUCGAAGACCAGGCCAUCUGUCACCUUCACAGACGAGGAAACUGUGGAGCUGACAAAGAGGAUACAGAAUGCUGGGACAGAGGUGGUGGAGGCCAAGGCUGGUACAGGGUCUGCUACCCUGUCCAUGGCCUACGCUGCUGCCAGAUUUGUCGAGUCGUCUCUCCGUGCACUGGCUGGUGAUCCAGAUGUCUAUGAGUGCACAUUCAUCCAGUCCGAGGUUAAUGAUCUGCCAUUCUUUGCAUCAAGAGUCAAGCUCGGGAAGAAUGGUGUUGAAUCUGUUGUUUCUGCUGACCUCGAGGGAGUGACUGAGUACGAGGCCAAGGCGCUUGAGGCGCUGAAGGCUGAGCUGAAGGGAAGCAUUGAGAAGGGCAUUGCGUUUGCGAACAAACAGCAGGAAGCUGCCGCAUCUGUUUGAAGUGGGUGAAAUAAAAAUCCACAAGAAGAGAAUAAAGGGAUAAUGAUCCUGAAUCCAUAAUGGCUUUUAGUUUUGCAGCCUAGAAUUUUUUGUGUCGACAGUAGGAAGAUGCUCCAGAUGAGCUACAAUUGUGGCUGUCGUUAGCUUCUAAUGAUUAUAUGUAGAUGGGGGCCGGAUGCCCCCCAAGCUAUCUGUUUCCGAACCAGGGCUUGUUUAACACAACCCAUAAAUUUUGCUCCUUUUCUAUUGUGGUUGUGUGAUGUCUGUAGCUUGUUGGAGUUUACAAACUACCAGGCAGCUAAUAAAGCAUUUUUACGAAAGAGAUUUGUACCGAAGACA